AUGGCUACCAUGCAGGAGAUGACGGAUGAGUCGGCCUUCCAGUCGACCAUCUCCGCGCUUGCGCCCUCCACUCUCGCCGUCAUCUACUUCCACGCACCAUGGGCCAAGCCAUGCGAGCAGAUGGGAGUCAUCCUGAAGACGCUCGCCAGCACAUACCCCGCCGACGCGCCCAUAAAAUUCCUCUCGCUCAACGCCGAAGACCUGCCUGAGGUCUCUGAGCAGUACGAUGUCACUGCCGUCCCAUACAUCGUUCUGCAGAAGGAUGGCAAGACUCUCGAGACAGUUUCAGGCUCAGAUGCAUCCAAAGUACGAGCAGCAGUUGAGAAGUACGCUGGUGCCGGCAGCGGCCAGUCGUCCAGUCUACCACCCGCGCAAACCGUCACACGACCACAGGAGAACGGCGACAGCACGGGAAAGAGCCUCGCUGGCUACGCGCCUGGCGCACAGGACCCCAAGACCGCACCCGAAUACAGCGCGAGCGAGCACCGGGAAGGCGAGCAGCAGACAAACAAGGACGAGUUGCACCAGAGACUAAGCGAACUCGUCAAGGCAGCACCAGUCAUGUUAUUCAUGAAGGGUACACCGAGUUCGCCCCAGUGUGGCUUCAGCCGGCAGACAGUGGCAAUCCUACGUGAAAAGGGCAUUAGGUACGGUUUCUUCAACAUCCUGGCCGACGACGAGGUGCGACAAGGACUUAAGGAGUUUGCCGACUGGCCGACCUUCCCACAGCUCUGGGCAGAUGGUGAGCUAGUAGGCGGUUUGGAUAUUGUCAGGGAAGAAUUCGAAAACGACCCCGGCUUCCUCUCGCAGCACGCCGCCAAUGCUCCCAAGCCAGCAGCCUAG